CUUUCCCAAAUUAAUUACUAACCCCUUCCACGUUCUCUCCCUCCAUCCCUCCUUCUCCUCCCUUUCCCCUCCUCGUCGUCCGUCGUGUGUCUGUCUCUUUCCCUUUGCCGACGCCGACACCCGCCGACCGUCGCCUCCGUCCCUCCUUCUUGUGCUUCCAUCCGGUCGCGUCACUCUACUCAGACGGGCAUCGACCUCGAGUCUCCCAUUCAGUUUGGAGCAUCGCACCAGGAGAAAAAGACGCAAGACCAGCAACAAGUAGCGUUACAGGAAAGAAGAACCUUGUUGCCAAAUAAAGACGAGGACGUAAUUGUCUAUCGUCUUCAUCAUCGCGACUUGGACCUCUCUCUUUUCUCCUGCUUUCCGUGCUGGUUCGGGGGCAUCCCAUCUUCCUUUCCACCUUGUUUUUUUUCUCGUUCUAAUUUACACUGCCUUUUUUUCUAUUCAAGCUUUUGUUACUAGUUACUCCCACCUUCCCUACAAUCGCCCUAAAAACGAACAGGUAUCUUACCUGCAGCUACCCGACCUUAUUCCUUCGCUAUCUUUCUACGGGCCAAUACCCGUUUCUCGUUCUUUCUUACCUAGUUUUUGGUCUGACUCUUCGCGCCUUCCUCCGUCUGCCGCCGCCGCCGCCACCUCCGCGCUCCGCUAUACGUCAAUCUUCCCGACCGAUCGGUUUGCGACUCUGCUCAAGCCAAUACUACCUGGUGCUACUUUACCUUACCUUACCGUAGGUAGACCCAGCUACCUAAAGAGAGUCAGAGGGACACCCACAACGGCACCAUCUCGUCACCUCACUGUUCACCGCCGCGCGUGGUCGCCUCGUAUUACCGGCCCGUAAUCAUCUGCAGAAUAUCCUCAACUGAGACCUCAGCGCUCUUCGAACACGCCAGCUCAUUUACUUUUUCUCUCCUGGCAUCUUUCGCCUCUAUCCGUCGACACUCACGGGAAACGGUAGACGUUUCCGUAAUAAUCCCAUUGUCUUAUUCUUUGCCGCCGUUUUUUUGUUUCUCACUGUCCCUUUCCCCGGACAUAGGCCGCUCUUGCACUGCACACAGUCACGCAACACACACCAACAAAACCCCGGUCGUUCGUUCCCGUCUCCAAAGCACCAACCGCUUUUAGGUUCUUAAACCUUUCGCCGUCUGGUUCUUUCUUCUGCCCAUCGGAUCCUGCGGCUUUCUAAAAAGGUACGUAAAAGUGUCUGUGUGUCGAGAAGGGGAACAGAACGAAAAAGGGACGAAAAGGAAAAGAGAAAAAAUAGACCCCAAAAAGUACAGCGCCGACCUGAAGUUCUGGCGCAAGAAAACAAGAGCAACCACAAGGAAAGGAAAAGGUGCGGGCGCGCCUAGCUCAUCCCACCACCCCGUCCCAUCCUCUUAGCUGCAUCCUCCGUGCAGAUACUCAAGGCCAAACAACAAAGCAGACAGGCACUGCCUUGCUUCUACUGGUCGCGUAGCGCAUUUUUUUCUGCAGGACCUGACCAUCGCUCCAUAGGACCAUCACACACAACCCGCCAGCGCCUGCGCCUGCGUAAGGAACCACUGGGGACCGCAUUCCAGUCAACAACACAACAAUCCAUCGCACCGCAAUCGCUGUCCUCUGUCCUUCUCAGGUCAGCUGUGGGAGGGGGAACACAAACAACAAAGCCCCCCGUCAACGUCAACAAAAAACAUCACGCACCCCCAGUAAACACCACUCUCUUCCACCUACUUCCCUUUGCGACCAGCCCCGACUUGCGCCUUCAAUUCCUCGGCUUUCAACUCUUUUCUACCUUCCCUCGUUUCUCUUUUCCUCUUGGGUUUUCUCUCCCACGUGGGUGACGACAUCUUCCCCUUCUGCACACGGCAGCCGGCUCUGCACGCCCCGCGCUUGUGUUGCAGCUCAUUACCUCAGGUCGCCCUAUCCCCCGUUCGGUACCGGCUAUUUCCCUAAGCUUGCUUGACUCGGCCGAUAAUUGCGACAACACAACUGUCUGUCUACAACCGCACCACCAGCAAUCAACGCCCACGAGACGACAACAACAUCGCUGCUCCGCGGAUACGUGCACUGGAUGUCGCCACAACGUAUCUGACGGCGGCAUCCCCCAUUGUUUCCACCCAACAUGGCUACCUCACUCGCCGUCGAUAAACCCCAUCUGCCGCCUGUUGAAGCAGAUAUGAAUGAUCCUUUCGUAUCCCCGCCUGGCCCAGCCCACAAUCGCUACUCUACCUACGACAGCCAAUCCUUCAGCUCAUCGCCAGGCCAGGCGAAGCGCGCACUACAAGCGCAUAUUGCAGAUACCGAACGACGCCUUGACGAAGCCGGAAAGCUAGGAACUGCACUGGUCCACCAGCGCAAGGAACUUGCAGAACGAUUGAAGGAAGUCGAAGAGCAGGAGACAGAAGGCGAACUCGCUCCCGAGUUGCGCGCCAAGCUCGCCGAUAUCGAAAAGGAGUACAAUGAUGUUGCUCGAGAGACUGCCAGGGCUUUCUUGCCCAAGCAGAGAGUUCCCAGCAAUGAAGCCGCUGGAGGCUCACCCUACGUCCCUGAUGGAAGAAUAGGAAGACGCUCCGUCAGUCCAUCCAAAUUUGAGAAGCUCGAGAUUCAGGCCACCGGAUCGCCUAGUAAGCUCAGUGUCCCGAACCGCAAAGUUAGAAACCAGCCCGCCAAUCGCAUCCACGACAUCGAGUUCGCCGCCGAAAUCAGCACAUCCUUGAUUGCCCAGGUUCGCAACCUUCAAUCACUUCUUUCCGAAAAGGAUGAAGAGCUUCGCGACAUCAAGGUCGACAAGUCCAAACUUGAAAUCGAGAACGAGAACUUUCAACAACGCGUUAAGACUCUGGACGAAAGCGAGAAUCGGUACAAGGACGAGAACUGGAACCUCGAGACUCAGAUCCAUGAUUUGAUCGCUUCGCAAAAGGACGCCGCGGAUCGAGAGAAGAAACUCACGCAAAGCCUCAAUGUGCUCCAGGUGGAGAAGAACUCGGCGCAGAAGGAGCUUGAUGAUGCUAAGGUCUCACUUGCCAAGCUCGCCGAGGAGCAUGAGCGAGCUGUGAGGCACCUGGACCUCGACUUGACCACCGCCAAGCGAAAUGCGGCCACGGCGGAAACCGAGAGAAAUGCCUUGCGAAGAAAGGUGGACGACUUGAUGAGCCAGAACACGGAGCUCGCCAAGGCUAUUUCAGUCCAACGAGGUCGCAUGUCCGAUCGCGACUUUGUUCGUGGUGUUAGCGACGAGGACUUUGAGACUGCGACGGACGGAUUCACCCCCGAGCACUCACCGCCGCCGUCGCCCAUCAAGGGUACUCCUCGCCAUGCUAUGCUCGAGUCCGAGACUCUCAAGAGCUCUCUGUUGCAUGCCCAGCGAACCAUCCAGAGCCAAAAGACUGUCAUUCACCGUGAAAAGACCGAGAAGCUCGAGCUUAAGCGACUCCUCCAGGACACGCGCGAUGAGUUGGAGAAGCUUCGUACUGACGGCGCCCCCGCCCCUGCUCGUCGCACCCGCAAGGUUGAGUCGCGAGAGUUCAAGAAGCCGUCCCGCGGCUUGCUCGGCGGCCACCGUAGUAGCAGGAAUGAGGUCUACCAGGACGACAACGAAUGGGAAGAGGCCACUGAAAUUGGUAGCCCGAGAACUUCGCCCACCCUUCGCUCCAACUCCACCGUCCGCAGACCCGGCAGCCGACCCGGUAGCAGCUACAGACCACAAUUCACCGACGUCAGUGAUGCCUUCGAGACUGCCAACGAGACUAGCGACGCUGCCUUUGAGACUGCCAAUGAGCGUGGCACGGAGACGGAGGACUUCCAGACCGGCGUGGAGGACUUCUCCGGAGGCGACGACACCGAGACUGAGACAGAAAGCCCGUCUAAGGGUCGUGAGCUGCGUCCCCAGACUCUUGUAAUGGGAGGAGGCCGAAACUCGUACGAUAGCACUGCGUCAACCUCAGCCGAUGAGGAUGAAGAGUAUAUCGAGUACAGGACGCCAACGUCGCAGUACAACAACCAGCGCAUGCGCGUCAGGCUUGGACGAGGAUUGAUGAACCGCCGUUCUAGGCAGGUCAGCGAGGAGCCAAACUUCCAGAGCAGCCCCGCCAGUGCUGCCACAGGCAGCGCUACUGGAACACCACAGCCUACAGAGGGCCAAAGCUUGUUCGCAGAGCUCGGCGAGCUUGAGAACAGUGAUGCUGAGAGCAUUGAAGAGACACCAAGCCGUGCUAGAUCCGCAACCGCCGAUUCGACAUCCACUCCGGCAGUGCCCACUCUGUCUCACGACUCAGUCAAUACCGGCAGCAUGACGGACCCUGUUAAGAGAGCGGCCGCAGCUUCGAGACCCUUGAUGGUCGACUCUGGUAUGAUGACAGAGCCCAUGAUUGAGUCGCCUCCGUUGUCCCCUGUAAGUGUGGUUCACGACGAGAAGGCCGAGUCCUUGGGAUCUAUGAUGGCCGCCAGCCAGGUCGCCCGUCACUUGUCCCAAGAUGAUGCCACAGACGGAGUGCGCUCCAGACCGUUGUCUACGCUGUCGUACAGUGACUCUGGUGCUCAGUAUGAUCGGGAUAUGGAGGCUAAGCUGGCACAAUUCCCAAUGCCACCAUCUAGCCCGCAGCACUUUGUUCUGCCGCCGCCUCCCGAGCUCAGUUUGUCAUCCAUUGACGCUCAGGAUAUCGAGCCAGUUGUUGAGCCCGUGACGCCACCUCCUGCUCCAGCUCCUCUGACCAUGACAUCUCUCGUGUCAGAAAUCGUCGAGCCCGUUGCAGAGCCCGAGAUUCCGGCUCCUGUCUUGGCCUUCACUUCGCUUGUCUCGGAGAUUGUUGAGCCAAAGGCUGAACCCCCGAUCCUGCCUCCGACCCUGAGUAUCUCGACAUACCUCUCAGAGGUGGUCGAGCCAGUGGCCGAACCUGAGGUGCCGCCUCCGGUCUUGAGUCUGUCGGCUCUUCAAGCCCACAACCUUGAGCCCGUGGCCGAGCCCGAGACUCCCCCGCCGACGCUCUCACUGUCGGCCUUGCAUGCUCAUAACCUUGAGCCGGUUGCAGAGCCUGAGACGCAAGCUCCUGCUCUUAGCCUGUCGGCGCUGCACGCCCACGACCUGGAGCCGGUAGCCGAGCCUGAGGUUCCUCCUCCGGCUCUCAGCCUCUCUGCUUUGCACGCACACAACCUCGAACCCGUCGCGGAGCCCGAGGUCGUGACCCCGGUGCCAGACCUUACCUUGUCGGCCCUCUUGUCCGAGCACAUUGAGCCCAAGGAGGAGCCUGAGACGUCCAGAUCUCUCGCGGCGAUCCCUGCUCCCAUCCCCGUGCCAAUCUCAGCACCGGCGCCAACCCUCACUCUAUCGUCGAUUGCGUCCGAGAACGUGGAGCCGCGAGAAGAGCCCGAAGUCCCCGCCGUUGUGCCCGCGCUCAGUCUUUCGGCAAUCGCCACUGAGCACGUCGAGCCCAAGGCAGAGCCUGAAGUCGUCCCAUCGGCGCCGACCCUCAGCCUCUCAGCGCUGUACUCUCACAACCUGGAACCUCAAGCAGAACCCGAGGUGUUGCCUCCCGCUCUCAGCCUGUCGUCCAUCGUGGUCGAGCAUGUCGAGCCUAAGGCCGAGCCCGAGAUCAUUCCGGAAGUACCGGCGCUCUCGUUCUCGUCUAUUGCAGCUGAGAACAUUGAGCCAAAGGCGGAGCCUGAGGUGAUCGUGCCCGCUCCAGUACUCAGCCUCACAUCGAUUUCUUCCGAGAACAUCGAGCCCAAGGCCGAGCCUGCGCCAGCUCUUACCAUGUCUUCGAUCUCAUUCGCAAACAUUGAGCCUAUCGCCGAGCCCGCGGUGUUGCCACCAUUGCCCCCAGCCCUCACCCUCUCUUCCAUCUCAUCGGAGAACAUUGAGCCUAAGGUAGAGCCCGAGGUUCCAGCUCCUGCGCCCGCACUCCUCGCGUACUCGACAAUCUCAUCUGAGCACGUCGAGCCUCGCGCUGCUCCUCAGCCUGUUCUGGACUUCUCAUCAGUAUUAUCUCAGCACGUAGAGCCCGCCAUUGCGCCAGAAACCGCGGCGCCCAAGCACAAUUUCGGUUUCUCCACGAUCGAGUCAAUUGAGACGCAACCCAUCUCGCCCAGAAGCCCGAAGCGGGAUGCUUUUAUUCUUCCCCGCGACAUGGAUUCGCCAUUCGAUGAGAAGGAUGCGCCAAGGACGCCCUCCAAGAAUGCUCUGAUGAGCUCCGUCUUUGGUCGGGGAAAGAACAAGGCCUCCGACAGCCUUAUCAUUGCGGAGGACGACACUCGGCAAUCGCCUAGCGACGAACGUCUGUCCGAAACUCCCGAGUCCCAACGGCCGUUCAAGGAAAUUUCAACUAACGCCACCGGCCGCCCUGCACCCAAGGUCAUCGUUCCCAUGUCUGAUUCAGGUGCCCAGACUUCCCUGACCGCUGAUGCGAUUGAUGAGAUGCUCCUCGCCAAGACCAAGGCCACAUCUGACAAGUCAUUGUCGAGCUUCGGUACCCCGAGCACUCCUGGCACCGUUCGCAUUCGCCGUCCUUCUCACGACAGCCUCAGCAGUUUCUCCACCGAGAACAAGAUGGAUACAGCAUUCAGAAGGCCAGGAAGUGCCAACAGCAACCUCGCGCCUACUCAACCGCUACCCCCUCUCCCGCCCAACCACAAGGAAGCCAUUGAGGCUGCGAGAACUGGAUCGUCGCAUAGUGCGGUUAUGGGUCCUCCCUUGUGGCCUGCCUCUGCCAUGAGAAACCAGCGACCACAGACUCCCAACGGCGCCGCCAGACCGCAGUCGCCGCUGUCGAUCUCGACAUCAAUGAAGGCAACGCCUGUUGCUCGCGGCACGCGCGCUGGUUCGGCGUACGGCACCGCCGAGGUUCACUCGCCGACUAAGUUGUCUACUAUGAGCAGACACUCUUCGGUGUCGUCGUUUGUUUCUGAGAUUGACCACCGUUUCAACCCUCAGGCUGAGCUGGCUGCCGCAACAGGCUUCGGUCCCAACACCGAUCCCCGCAUGAUCCAGGCCAUCACACAGACCAUGAUUGGCGAGUACCUCUGGAAGUACACCCGCAAGGCCGGCAGGGGAGAAAUGUCCGACAACAGACACAGACGCUACUUCUGGGUUCACCCGUAUACUCGCACUCUAUACUGGAGUGAUCGCGACCCGGCCACUGCUGGCCGUUCUGAGCUUCGCGGCAAGAGUGUGCCCAUCGAGGCCGUUCGUGUGGUCACCGAUGAUAACCCAAUGCCACCCGGCCUGCACCGCAAGAGUUUGAUCGUUAUCUCUCCCGGCAGAACCAUCAAGUUUACCUGCACAACUGGUCAGCGCCACGAGACGUGGUUCAACGCCUUGUCGUAUCUUCUGCUUCGCACAACCGACGAGGGCCAGUCCGAUGUCGAGGAGAUGGCUGGUGCCAUCACUCAGGCCGAUGUGGACGAGUUCAAUCCGCAAUUCGGCCGUCGCACCAACUCCACGGCCCGUCCCAGGCCGCCUCCGUCUCUGUCAUCAUACAACUCACGGACAACUCGUAACCAGUCUCCGGCAGUCGACAUGUCAAUGAACGUGCCUACGCUUACCCCGAACAAGCACUCGAUUGCUCAGGCUCAGAGACCCACCAUGGCUGGUAGGAUUAGUGGCUACUUUGGCACCUUCUCGAGUCUGAGGAGCCGCUCCGCUGCGGCCCCGACCCCAAGCAUCUACGAGGCUAGCGAGGUGCAUGACAGCGCCGAAGACCUCCGAGAGAUUAUUGAGAGACAAGAUCGGGACGCCGACCGGCUCGAGAACGUGCGCGCCUGCUGUGAUGGCAAGCACGAUGUUGGUACUCUUCAUCACCACCCUAAGAGGGGUCGGCCCUCUGGCGCCCAUUCUCACUCUCACUCUCACUCCCAAUCUGGACCAUCAACGUCUGCCACGCCCAUGAGCACCGUAAGGGCGCGAUCAUAAAGUCGCUGCCAACACUGCCCUUGAAUAUCUGUCUACAUGCGGCUGUUGAGCAGUCUACCGUAAUAUAAACCAAUGAAGCAUCCUUCAAAUCCACUCGCUACGCCAAGAAACUGGCCCGCCCUGUGGGAACACGCUCCCCACUCAUGAUCAAUUCGCUCCCACGCAACGGAUCACGACGUCUAUGACAACCAUCUCCUUGUCGUCUCUGCCUAGGAUGCCCUGCGACCCAGGCCCCAUUCUCCUUCCGGUUUCGACCUAAUAUAGCUUACGACUGCAUCCAGGACCCUGGCGUCCUACGACCAAAUUUCAUUCAACGCGUCCUGCCUCACAUGGCCUGUCUCGAUUAUCAAAACACCAUUGCUCGACUCCUGCCAGCCAAAAUCCGAAUACCCCCGGAUGACUGACAUCUAUGCUUUGUCCUGUCCGACUCUGCUUUUCCGCUGUUUUUUUGCCGGGAGCGACCUUGUCAUGGUUUUAAUUGUUUCAUGGCACCGGCGAACUUGGGAAGGAAAUUAAGAAUGGGGUCUCCCCCCUUCAGGGAAGAGAGAACAGAAACAUUGGCGUAUUGUACUACCAGCUGUAAUGGAGUCCAGUCUUGCUUUGUGUUCCUCUUGUCUCUCUUGUUGGAUUGGCCACGGCAGGCAAACAAACACCACCCGAAAUGGGCAACCACAAAAAAAAAACAACAAACCAACCAUCCACCUUUUUCUAUGUACACCUUUUUCUUCCGGCUUUAGUUUUCUUUGGGAACGUCAAAGUCUGUCUUUUUAUCAUGUUCAGUAGCUCCUUUUUUUUUUCAGGGGUCAACCAGGCAAAAAUGCCUAGCCCGGGGAGACCCGGGAGGAGUUUUUGGGGACAUUAUUGUAGAUGUAGUUACUUGAAUUGCCCUCUUUUGCCCUGACUUGAUGUUGCUCAUUUCCAACCCGCAUUGAUAGUGACCUUGUGAGGAUUGAUGUGCGGC